CGCUUGCAACACGCUCAACCACAGGCAGGGGAAGAGGGAGGCGACCAUCCGGCGCCCCCUCCCCUUUCUCCCUCCCUCCCUCCCCCCCUCCCGGGUCCCUCCUUUGUGCCUCCCUUGCAGCGGCGACACCAGCCGGCCUAACGGGGGCCAGCCAGCAGCAAAGCGCCCUUGCGGCGUCCCCCCGUUGCAAUCGCGUCUCUCUCCAGUUGAAAAGGGGGGCCGGUCUGGCCCGGGGGGGCGGGGGGGUCCGCCUCGGCUCUGCCUGCAAAGCGACGCCGGGGGAGGCAGGAGGUGACCGGCUCCGCCAGCUGCUGCUCCUGGAGGCGGAGGCGGCGAGCGCCGUGGUGCUGAAGGACAGCUCCUCUAGUCUCUGCUCGUCUCCCUCGCCUGCCAAGGAAAGAGGAGGAAGGGGGUGUGGAGGGCCAGGGGGGGCACCUGUCCAGAUCUUCCCUAGCCCCCUUGCCACCCCCAUCCCCACCCCCAGGCAGGUUCUUGCUGCCUUGGAUGCGGCCCCAGCCCCAAAGGCACCGGCGACCAUGCCUUGAUGCCCGCUGCCCUACCCAGCGGCUUCCAUGGCGGUGGCAAGGAAAAUCAAAACUUUGUUGACGGUCAACAUCUUGGUCUUUGUGGGCAUCGUCCUCUUCUCGGUCUACUGCCGCAUCCAGGACCGGUCCCAGGAGCUGGUGCAGAUCGUGCGGAGCGCCGACCGGCGGAUGAGGAGCCGGAGCGCCAAAGCAGGGACCCUCCUGGACAGGGAGUCGAUCCUGCAGCGGCUGGACCACCUGGAGGACGUGGUGUACAACCAGCUCAAUGGUCUAGCCAAACCAAUGGGAUUAGUUGAAGGCCCUGGAGGCUUGGGGCAGGGAGGGAUGGCUGCCACCCUGAGAGACGAUAGCCAUGAAUCCGAAACCAAGUAUGAAGAAUAUGGUUAUAAUGCCCAGCUGAGCGAUAGGAUUUCGUUGGACAGGUCUAUUCCGGACUACCGGCCGAAAAAGUAAGAACAGAUGUC